AUGCAUCCAAAUUCUAAACUUGAAAAGGAUGAAAUGGAGAAAGAUGUGGAUGAAACAAAGUAUAGAGGAAUGAUAGGAUCUCUCAUGUAUCUAACUUUCUCUAGACCGGAUAUUGUUCAAAGUGUUGGAAUUUGUUCUAGAUUCCAAUCUCAUCCAAAAGAAUCACAUAUUUUUGCUGUAAAAAGGAUCAUUAGAUACAUUAAUGGCACUGCUGAUUUUGGUCUUUGGUAUCCCAAAUCUGAUGAGUUUUGUGUAGUUGGCUAUUGUGUUAAAGAUUUUGUCAGAGACCGUGUUGAUAAAAAAAGCACUUUAGGAAUUUGUUGCUUUCUUAGACAGUUCUUGAAUGUGUGGUCAAACAAGAAGCAAGUUACUCUUGCAUUAUCCACUGUUGAGGCUGAAGUAUAG